AUGAAUUUAAAACCAUUCAAGCAGCCCUCAAUUACGUAUAUGUACAAGGAGAGCAUUGUGUUCAUGAUGACUGUAAUCCCAAUUUCACGGUUCGCAAAUUUACUUACACGUGCCUUGUUUUUUAAAUCCUUUCAUAGUCUUAAGUUUCAAACUGUUGGUUCCACCCGAAUUGAUGUUUUACAAUGAGUUUUUUGAUUGUUAGAAACACAGUUUGUUUACGUUCUUCCGUAAAAAAAGCGUUUGUUUUUCAGAAAAAUGUGGGUUGAGCUUUUGGCCUCCGGAGUCAUUUGCUAUGAGUUGUAUUACCGGCUCGGAGAGGAUCACAAAAGGGUCAAGAGGAUUCUCAAUUUUGUUCUGAAAUUUUUGGCAUUUAUUUUGGUUUAUUGCUUGAUUAUCCAUUAUCUUCACAGCUUGCCAUCGUAUCAUGAUCUGGAGGAGACUUUGGAUACAGUAAGCAUUUAUUGAUUCCCUUAAGAAAAAAAAUAUUUUUUUUCCAAAAUAGGAAACAAGAAGAUAAGAAAAGGAGAAAUUUUCGAACCAAAGAAAACCAAUUACAAUGCCAUAUAACCUUUCUAAAUGUUUACAAAAAAGGAAUUGCAUUGGCCGGGAAUCGAACCCGGGUCGCCCGCGUGGCAGGCGAGCAUUCUACCACUGAACCACCAAUGCACAUCUCAAAGCCGUUUCCAAAAAGGAUAACGCGGUUUGAGACUUCAUCCUAAAAAAUGAAACGCGAUUAUGAACUAAAAAACAAUAAUUUGCGCUGUGUACAGCCAUGUAUUUACAAAAAAAAGGAUUGCAUUGGCCGGGAAUCGAACCCGGGUCGCCCGCGUGGCAGGCGAGCAUUCUACCACUGAACCACCAAUGCACAUUUUAAAGCCGAUUCCAAAAGGAUAAAGCGGUUUGAAACUUCAUUCUAAAAAAAUGAAACGCGAUCAUGAAUUAAAAAAAACAAAAUUACGCUUUAUUUAUUUAUCCAGUAAAAACGCCUUCUCUUUUAGGUCGGGAUGGCGAGGCAUUGGGGAUAUCCAAUAGAAACUCACAUAGCCAGGACAGAAGACGGCUGGCUUCUCGAUCUCCACAGGAUUCCAAACGGAGUUAACGAAAAGUUGAGCAACAAGACAAAGCCCGUGCUCAUAUUGCAACAUGGGAUUCAAUGUUCCAGCGAUAAUUGGAUACUGAAUCUGCCUCAUCAAAGCGCGGGGUUUGUCUUUGCUGACGCUGGAUUUGAUGUUUGGAUGCCAAACUCCAGAGGGAACAUAUAUUCAAGACACGAGAGAUUUGGAAGGGAUGACGAUGAGUUUUGGAAGUUUACGUAAGUUAAGGCGGCAUUUGGAAUAUAGCUUGUAUUUCGGAGGAACCAUCGAAAUUUUAAUGUCAGAAUUUAACGCAAGUUCGCUGCCUUUAGCAAUGGAAUCUUUGUAUUGAGAAUGUGCUAUUUUAUUAAUAAUUUUUAGAUGGGAUAAACAUUAUUUUUCAGUUCCGACGACAUGCAAUUAUACGAUCUCCCCGCCGUCUUUGACAAAAUUGAACAAGUUACCGGCCAGAAGAGUUUCUACUACGCCGGUCACAGCCAAGGCACCUUCAUUAUGUUCUCCCGUCUUUCGUUUGAUCCCAGUUUUUCCAAACGUAUCAAAAAGUUCUUCGCUUUGGCUCCAGGAGCGACGUUCCAAAAUCUGGAAGGUCCUUUUCGGACCGCCUGUCAACUGGAUUCGUCCUCGUUGGGGAACAAGGCCUGGAAUUCCUUUUACGGAAGUCCAUUUGGAAGUGUGCUGAUGUCCAAAAGUUUGAUCGAUACGUUGACAAAAUACACUUGCACCACCGGCUUGCAGCGAUGGUAUUGUGCGCAUGUUUACUAUCAAGUCUUGGGACCCAGUACAACCACAAAUAUUAGCCGGAUGCCUGUUUAUACGACGCAUAUUCCGGCGGGAACUUCAACUGCGAAUGUUCAGAGAUAUUGUCAAUCGCUGAAUUAUGGCGGAAUGAAAUGGUACAGUUAUCCGGACAAAAAGGACAAUUUGAAGAGAUACGGAACCGUAAGGGAUUUGCAAGUUUUAGAAGCUUCAACAUAACUAAUAUAUCUUUUACGUCUUUGGUGCAUGGUCUUUUGCAGUAAUCGCCGAAAAUACAAGCCACAUCAUUCCGAACUUUUUUUGUCAAGCUUGCAAGCUUGAUUUUUUUUGAAAAUUGGGGUCUUUGGCCUUCGUACAUUUAACACACUUCAUCCUAAUGUUUCAGCCCGAUCCUCCGGAGUACAACCUCUCCAAUGUGAACGUCCCUCUCUACAUCUACUCUUCGCCCGAUGACACAGUGACUCAUCCGAAAGACUUGGAUGGAUUUCUAAUCCCAAAGCUCAACAAAACCAUUAUCAAAGAAGACAAUCGAUUCCCCGGCUUCAGUCAUAUGGACUUCUUAUGGGGUCUAAACGCAACAGAACUAGUCUACAGCAAGAUGAUAAAGACAAUUAGGGAAGAUGUAAAAAAUAAUUGA